ACUUGAAGUACAGGUAAACUUGGAACAGCAGUAACUCAUUCGGGCCAACAAAAGCAAAUUUUAAGACGUCAAAAAUUCUAUAUAUGUAUAUUUAAUACUUUUGUCAUAUGUGUAUGUUCACGAAUAAGAUUAUUCAUGAUAUUUUUACUCGCAAAUCUACGUAUAAAGAAAGUGUACCUCCUUUGGCUAUUGGUUGAUUCCAAAAUGUCUGCCUGCAGUAGCUUGGCGAGUUCGGACCUGUAAAAACUUCACAAAUUCAGCUGUAACUUUCCUCACAGUUUCACUUAUAUUUGUGGGAAGCAAUGGCACUUCAUGAUCAUCGUUCAGACACCCCAAGAAUAUAAAACAUACCAUAAAUACACACAGACAAAGCCUGCAGUAUCGUACAAAUAUUGGAAGCCAUAGAUGCUGUCAUGGCAUCUCCAAGUAAGAAGAGAAAGAGGCUGGACAGCCAGGGAAGCCUGGCAGACACCUCGGACGUGGGAAGCGGCGAUGGCGGUUACACCCGUGACAGUCACGACAUUGUAGUGAACAAGAGCAGAGUGUACAAGAAGAAGCAAAUGAAAAACCUGCAGGUGAAAUCGUUGGCUGAAACAUCUGACAAGGCUGGUGAGGGAAAAACAACUUCAAGAGAGAAGAAAAACAAAGACGUACCGCCAAUUCUUUCAGGCCAAAGCAAAAAUGUUAACGGAGGUAUAAGCAACAGCAGUGUCACAGCAGACAGUCUGCCAAUGUCUCCCUCAAAAGGCUCCUCUGGCACUCUCCUGAGAAGGAAGUACAGAAGGGAGAGAACGUCGAGUCAGAGCAGCACAGGUAUGGACCACGGCAUCACUUCCCUCUCUCAGAUGGAGUACUUCCCUCUAAGUGGUCAAGAAAAGAAACAUAGUAGUACAUGUACCGCAACAGAGGAAGAAGACAAGAGCAUUGCACCCAGGAAUAGUCUGCAAACAAACUCUGAAAACAGAUCAGUAAGCGAAAUCUUCCCUUGGAUACCAAAAAGCCAGAGUAGCCAAGAGAGUCAGCCUCCUAUUCGCCUUGAUGCUGACGGUCUGUUGGUCCAAGAGGACACUUUCAAGAAGCCUUUAGACCCAGUAAAGUCUUCGCCUUCAAAGUACAGUAGUGGUCUUGUGCCCAAGUCAGGUAAAAAGAAGAAAAAGAAGAAGCAUGGAGAGAAAGAUGGGACGUCGGAUGAAACAUCAGGAGUUGAUACUGACACCGGUGCAAGUGUUUCAACUGUCCAGUCUGGACAGGAGGGAAGUGACAAUGAGAAAAGACACACGAAGAAGAAGAAGAAAAAGAGGGAAAAGGACAAAGAUGUAGAAUCAAGUGCUGCAGAAGAGCAAGCCACAAAUAUUUCAACUGUCCAGUCUGCAGAUAGUAAUGUUGAAGGUGAUGACAAGAAAAGACACAAGAAGAAGAAGAAAAAGAAGGAAAAGGACAAGGAUGUAGAAUCAAGUGCUGCAGAAGAGCAGGCCACAAAUGUUCCUACUGUCCAGUCUGGAGAUGAUAAUGUUGAAGGUGAAGACAAGAAGAGACACAAGAAGAAGAAGGAAAAGGAGAAAGUAGAAACUUCAGAUAGCGUUUCGACACGUCAAGCUGAUCAUGACAAUGUUGAAGAGUAUGAAGGAAAAAGGCACCACAAAAAGAAGAAGAAAAAGAAGGAUAAAGAUGCAGAAUCAAACACUUUAGAAGGGCAGGCCUCAGCAGCUGAAGACAGUGAUAUCAUACCUCCAACACAGGAAUCGCCAAAACCUGAGAAAUCGAAGAAGAAACAGAAGAGGAAAAAUGAAGAGUCAGGUUUGAGUUCAGGGGGAAAUGGUGAGAAAAUUGUGCCACACUCACAAGGUACAACACUGAAUGGUGACGUGUCUUCUGAAAAUCAAAAUGAUCCCAACACAGCUGGUAAGAAGAAGAAAAAGUCAAAAGACAAGAGGACAGAAUCUGCAUACACCUCUCAGUCAGAAUCCGAAGUUCCAGAAUCUGAUGUUGGCUCACCUGUAAAGAGCCCCCUGGCAGUUCCCAGGAGACAUGCAAUAGAGAAUAACAAGGCAAAUACAACUGGAAAUGCCUCUAAGGACAAGCCAAAGUCUUCUGCAAGUAAACUGCCUGUCUGGUGCAUUGAGGAUGCAGGCCAGGAGUCACAGGCAGUGUCCGAGGUGUUUGACAUGUUCGGAUGGGGACAGAACAAAAGCUCAAGUUUAGGUACAAAACAGUCCAGUCAAGGUAUGAUCAGGACAACCAGCACUCAGCCUAACUUUGACACAAGUGUGGGGAAGGGAAGAGGAACUAGUGCAGAAAGGAAGGAAAAAGACGAUCUGUUUAGUUACCAAUCACACGACAAUAGCACUGUUGCUAUCACUCCACAAAAGAAAAGUAGACUAUCAAGAAAGAACAAGCAAAAAAGCAGAGAACAACAGAAUGUUGGGAACAAUGCUACUACGCAUGAUCAACAUGUGUCUAAUGAAAAUACAGGAGAUACAGUCAAAGAAAACACAUCACAAGACUCCGUAGAUGAAGUUCCAAGUACCAGUAAGCUUCCCAGCGGGUCUGCUGAAAACAAUAUCACAGACAGAAGAAAAAGAACAAAGAAAGACGUUUUGGAAGAAGCAGAGUCUUCAGUGGACAAAGAACAUGCUGAGAAGAGAAGAAAGUUGGAAAGGAAGGGAAAGCAACGGAACAGUACGGAGAAAGAAACCCCGGUAGAAGAAGAAAACGAGGAAGGAAGCCCAGAAGAAGCUCAGGACCAGGUCAUAACAGAUAAUGAGGAUGAAGACCAGGAUAGUGACAGUAGUGGAGAGGAGUUUGAAGAUUCCAUCCCUUCAAGUUCGACAACAAGACCAGCAAGAUCGUCACCUCGAAUAAGAGCGAUUCGGGAAUCUCGUAAGAGGAGGGCAGAAACCAGCAGUACUGGGGAUGCAGAAGACAUAUGGCUGAAGGGUGUACAAGCACUGUCUGCUGAAGAUGUACAAGAACUCAAAGAAAAAGGAGUGACCGUCAGAUUUGGACACUUCAGUAGACAAGAGAAAGCCAUUUUAAAGAAGAACAUGGAAAGCUUUUGUGAGAUGCACGGUGUGGAGGACAACAGAACUCUUCUCUUCCCGCAUCAGUACCCGGAGAAAAAGAACCUGAAGAAACUCAUCCACGAGUCAGGGAUGCUCAGGCAUCUAGCCCAGGGACUGAACCGGCCACUAUGGAACGUCUAUACCAAAGCCAGGUAUAUGUUCAGCAAUCCGGAGAAAAGUGGCAAGUUCUCCCCAGAGGAGGAUAAGCUGCUGCUGAGGCUGUACAAGCAGCACGGCCCUCGCUGGGCACGCAUCAGCAGGUCCAUGGGUCGCUUCGAGGACCACAUCAAGCAGAGGUUCCUUUACAUGAAAGGGAAAGGGAAAAACAGGGGAGCGUGGUCGGCCAAAGAGAACAAGAUGCUGAUCCGAGCAGUACAGGCUGUCACAGGGCAGGAGGACAUCUCUAACAUCACUCAGAACAUCAACUGGCAGGCCUGCUCCGAUAUGAUGAACACUGUCAGGGGUGCUAAACAGUGUUAUGAGCACUGGUUGGUUCUGAUAAACUGGCUGUCUUUCCAACAAGGAUCACCCAUAUGGAACCCAGAGCGAGAUGCACAGCUCAUAGAUGAGAUCUACAAGAGUGAAGCAGAAUUUGAUUAUGACAUUGACUGGCAAGACAUCGCCAAAAACAUGGACUGGUUGAAGCACCAUACGCAGGCAAGGAGACGGUUUCGGAGACUGAAGCUCAGAGUCCCAGACUGUGACAGACAAGACAUGGAUGGAAUCUUGGACUACUUGAAGGAGGAUCUGAAGAAGAAGGUGCAGGAGUGGAUGAAGACUAAGGAGAAGAGAGCGUCCUUACCCAGACCGGCCAAGAGUGGGCCCUUCAUCUUCACAGAUGACGAGGAUGAUGAUGAUGACAGUGAUGAUGACACUUUGGAUGCUGAUGGCAACACUGCUGAGAACCAUCAGGACAAUGACAAAUCAGAUGAUGAUGGCAAUGAUGAUGAUGAUGACAUUGAUGAUGGCACUUUGAACACUGAUGGCAACACCGACAACCAUCAGGACAAUGAUGAUGAUGAUGACACUUUGAACCCUGAUGCCAACCAUCAGGACAGUGACAACCCUGCUCCUGUAUCAGAUAAGGAAAGCGCCAAAGUGGAUAACACUGGCAGUACGAGCAAAGCUGGCCAUGAUAACAAGUCUGAUGUAGAAAGUUCAGAUGAUUCUGAUGACGACAGCAAAACAGAAGUAGAUACGUCUGACGAAGAGUAAUCAUUUUGUGACCUCUGUUCAAUGAACUGUAGACUGAAAAACAACUACAACUGUGCAAAUUUUUAAGGUACUUUUGUACAAUGUACAUGUGAUACAGUUACAGUAGUUUUGAUGUUUCCAAUCAUCAAGAACAUACAAUGUAGCUACAUGCACAUGUUCGGUUUUUAGUUGCUCUUGUUUUUAUUCUAUGUACAGUUCGCGUGAAGCAUGGAGCUUUGGAGUUCUUUGAAACUUUAUGACUCUUUAUGUUCAUUUUAGCUGAGUAGCCAAUUGUUUUGUUAAUACAAAUUGUUGUUUUCUUAAGCAUAGAACUCUCUGGACACUGAUCGUAACCACUGCUAAAAACAGUUACGGUCCUUGUCAGCUGUAUACUUUAAGAGUGACUGUUUAUAGCAAACAAAAACUCAGGAAACAUAGUCUUUGAAAUGCACUCGUAUGUGGAGAAAGUUCCAAGUUGUUUUUCAUGAAUUUUGUAGUUAAAAUUGACAAAAAAUGUGGAAGGACAGAAUUAAGAUUCUCGUUAGCCCAGAUUGUUGAUUGUUGCUUUUCGCCACAAAAUGGAAACAAGGUAAGGUAAGAGACAUUGCUGGCCAUGUACAAAAAAAUCUCAGUAUUCUAUGUUCUACCAACCUGAUAAAACUAUAUUCGGAUUUGUAGAGUGGUUUUGGUACACAAUGUACAUGUAUGAUCAUGAUAUAAAGCCUUGUGAAAAGGGUUCAAUUUUGUAGUAAGUAGCAUAGACUUACUUAAUGAGGAAGACUGUCAAUAUAUUACAUGUGAAACAUACAUGUACAUGAUUGUGGGACUCUAACAGAGGACUGUGUACCUACAUGUACAUGUAUACAUGGCAUCAGGUACAGCUGCAGUGUACAGAGGUUUAGGAUUCAGAUUAUUUUUGGCGUUUUUAUCAGGCUUUCUUAUUGUACAGUAACUUUCUUUUCUUUACGCGCAGGUGGCAAAAUGGUAACUGUCUGGCAUAUGAAUACUGCCGGACAAAAUUGGUACUGACACAACCACUUAAACCCCUGUCCUGCUGUGCGCAACAUAUGUCGCGCGGCACAUACAGUACCAUCUAUAUUACACCCUGUAUAGGUACGAUUUGGGGAUAUUUCUCG